CCUUUAAGAUGUUUGCUUGUAGUCGAAUGACUAUCCGCAAUCAUGGCAGGGAUUCAGGAAAAAGAUUUGUGCACUGUCUGGGUAGGAAAUAAGUCAAGAGGACGUCUGCUAUUUGUAAUGCAUGGAUAUUUUCCUCAGCGCUGAAUGAAACCAAGAGGCACGCAAAUAUUUUCUGCUGCAGAGCUUUACUUUUUCUUGGGCAUGGAUUUCGAAUUGUCAAAUUACGUUUAAUUUAUUAUUUUAGCCAGAGCAAAGUGCGUGGCUGCUAGCAAACCGCUAACUUAGCUACUAGUUGGAUAGACGCUAUCCUAACUAAAUGAGCUACUCUUUUUUUAUUUAAUUUUUUAAUGUUUACCAAUAUCAUUAACUAGUUAGCUUUUUUACCAGUUUAGUCAGUCUUAGAAACUUGUUUGUGUCGAUGACUCUCGACAGCCUUAAACAUUCUCCUAUCCUUUCAACUUUGUUUAAAAUGGCAGACGACAUAGAAUUGAUAGGAGCCUGUGAAUUAAUAAAAGAUCGAUUAUAUUUUGCUACCCUAAGAAGCAAGCCAAAAAGCACUGCAAACACUCACUACUUCUGCACAGAUGACGAAUUUAUCUAUGAAAAGAGGAGACUGCGUGGCAGGCUGACCACCUGUUAUGAGUGCAGCAAGGAGCCAUGCUUCUAUGCGGAUUUUGGACCACUCAACCUAGCCAUGCUAUACAGAUACAGCUGUAAACUCAACAAAAAGCUGAAGACGAUCUGUAGAUCUGUCAUAUGUGGGUGUUGGUCAGUGUUGAAGUCGUUCACACUGACCAGAAAGCGAAUCGUGCACUACACCAGCUUUGACCAGCGGAAAAGGGCUAAUGCUGCUGUUUUAAUCGCUGCCUAUGCUGUCAUCUACCUAAAGAAGACCCCAGAGGAUGCCUACAGGGCUCUGAUCUCAGGCUCCAAUGCUUCAUAUCUUCCCUUCAGGGAUGCCUCGUUUGGAAAUUGCACAUACAACCUGACAAUUCUCGACUGCCUACAAGGAAUCCGGAAAGCCCUGCAACAUGGAUUCUUUGACUUUGAGACAUUUGACGUGGACGAAUAUGAGCACUACGAGCGAGUGGAAAACGGUGACUUCAACUGGAUCGUGCCGGGGAAGUUUCUGGCCUUCAGUGGACCCCAUCCCAAAAGUAAAAUAGAGAAUGGCUACCCUCUCCAUGCCCCAGAGGCGUACUUCCCCUACUUCCGGAAACACAACAUUACCACGGUGGUGCGGCUCAACAAGAAGAUCUAUGACGCCAAGCGCUUCACGGAUGCCGGCUUCGACCACUACGACUUGUUCUUCGUGGAUGGCAGCACACCCAACGACGUCAUCACCCGCCGAUUCCUGCACAUCUGUGAGAGCACCGAUGGAGCCGUGGCCGUUCACUGCAAGGCUGGCCUUGGUCGUACUGGCACCCUGAUAGGCUGUUACCUAAUGAAGCACUACCACUUCACGGCAGCAGAGACCAUCGCCUGGAUCAGGGUCUGCCGGCCGGGCUCUAUUAUCGGGCCUCAGCAGCUCUUCUUGGAGGAGAGGCAGGCAGCCAUGUGGAUGCAGGGGGACAUGCAGCGUUCGCAGCCGAGGGGCGUGUCUCACCUCAUCUCCAGCAUGGACGACCUCACCCUCAGACCAACCCACACCUCUAUUACCACCAGCAGCCCCGCUGGCAUCCUCAGGUCCCACAGUACCGACCGCCUUCAAGAGAACGACUACAUUGGGGAGAAUGGCCUAUGCAUGACCCAAGGAGAUAAAUUGCGUGCCUUAAAGGGCCGGCGCCAGCCCAGGUCAGCCACAACAGGAGCUCUAAGACUUGAAGACAUGAAAAUGCACACCAGGUCACCGUCCCAACCUUUUAGUAGGAUGAACCUUGGAGUGGGCACUCAGGGUACCAUCUCCCCACUCAAGUCCUCCAAAGUCCCAUCAUCCUCUGCUUCCGCCACGGCCAAGAGAAUCAGCCGCAGCUCCUCCUCCUCGGCAUCCAACCUCAAGAGCUCCUUCAUUAACUGCAGGCUAGCCAGCUCCUUAGGCAACCUGUACGCAGCUGACAGCAGCGAGGGCAAUAGGAAGCUGCCGUACACGCCCUCUUCAUCACACUCUUCCUCCUCUCCUCCCUCCAUCGUCACCACUCCCAUCCCUCCGUCGGGCUGGGCCGCCUCCGUUCACGGCUACGUGGCUAACGGCGUGCACGGCGCCAAUUACCACCACCAUGAAGUCAACAACAAUCAGUAUAACUCGUCCCCUACUGGGGUGUUCAGCCCCGCGGGGGCCCCCCAACAUGCUGCAGGCAGGCUGGGCCCUGGGCCUGAUAAGUACAGCCCAUUCAGACCCCAGCAGGAGGGCUACUCUGGGCUCAGCGGACCCUCCGGCCGCUACCUCAGCCGCUCCAUCCCCUCCCUUCAAUCUGAAUAUGUUCAAUACUAAAGCUGCGGUUCUGCGUUGACCAAGACCGGACAGCCAUCGUGACGACUGAACUGGGCGCGAUGGAGUCUCCCACCCCACCCCUCUCCAUCUCCCCCUUCUUCCCUGCUUUCUCCCACAUACUGAAAAGGGAAAUGAAUAAACCAGGAGGCGCUAUAGGACGUAUUACAUUUAUUCUUCUCUCUUGGCAUCUGGACGGCUGUGAUCUUUGGGGGCAGGCACAUAGACAGCCACAAACUCACAAGGGCUUAUGGAACUUUGAGUUUUGAGCUUCUUCUGUCAGCUUCAGACGGCCUCGAUCCACCUUAACUGAAGUCACUGUUUGUAUAAUGCUAACAAAGGGAGAUUACCCGGCUGUAGUUAGGCUUGGCCAGGCUGUAACUAUGUGAGUGCUCUGUCUCUUUAAAGCUGAGAUAUGGCCAUAUACUGUAGACUGGAGGUUCUCUGCUUCCCUGCAUCACAGAUUUCCGUUUUUAUUUAUGUGUACCUGUGCUAUACAAAAUUACUGUGUACACAACACAUGACAUGUACUGAAAGAAUAGGAUAUUUUUAGACGAGGAUUUUAUACAUGAAACAUGACAAUUGUGUUGCCUGGAUAAAGAAAUAUGUUUAUAUUUACAAGUGGGUUAGCAAACAUGUUUUGGUUUAUCGCAAUUCUAUUUUUGUCUGAGUGUUACUACUUCACUAACAACAUCCAAAUAUGCGAGGGGUUUAUGGAGAGGUUCCUUAUCAGCAAUGUAUUGGCAGCACAGGACCAGGCUCAGGGUGAUGUGCUCUUGCAAUUAUGAUUCUGUUUUGUGUGUGAGAAUGUAGACCGCGUGCACAGGCACGCUAAUGUAUGUACCAUAGACUAUAAAAACCUGUACGUACGUGCUUACCUAUGUGAGCGUGUGUGGAUGAAUGAGACUGCAUAGUGAGUGUGUCUAGAAACCAUGUGUGUGCAGUCCUCUGCCCAUGGAGUGAAAGGGUCUCUAGAGAGAAGAGAAUGACGUAUAGGGAAGAGAUGAGUGUUGUCUCCUCUUCACUAUUUUAAAUUGUUUUAAAUCGAUUCAAUGAACUGGUGGGAUUUGGUAACCCCAAUUGGAACUAAUUCAUGCUUAAUGUUCUCUGUCGCAAGCCUACAUCACUCCAUUGAAUGAUUUGCAUCUCAAUGGGACUCACAUGGUCAAGUAAAGGAUAAAUACAGAAUAUUAUCACCAAAAAGGAUGUAGCUAAUUUCAUAAACCCUCACAGGUCAAAGAUUUGACAACUAAAGUCAUACCAAUAACCAGACUAGGUUAUUGUGACUAGGUAUGUUGAGCAUGAUGAACAGUGGUCAUUAGUAGAGAAAAUGUAUUGUGUUGUUGGACCAACACCACCCACAACAUAAGCCUCAGUCCCUGCAGUAUACCAUACACCAGGCAGCUUAGCAAUCCCCUCCACAGACACAAGAUCCCACUGCAAUAAUGCUCUUUGAAAGGAAAAGGAGCACAUUUUCAGUGUUAUUCGACAAGCUGUGGAUUAUGGAACUUGAUUUGUGGCAGCCUAUUUUUAACACAUACCUACUGUAGAACCAGUUAUGUUAGUUGUGUUAUCGUCAGGGCACAAUGGUAACAGAUGUUUGUCGCUAUUACUGAAAUAUUUCCCCGUUUUUGUCGAGAAUGUAAAAACAACGCAGAAACUUUUCCUGCGUAUUACGAUUCUUUCAGACUGUAGAAGGAGAUAAAAACAUUUCCGCUUUGCAGGUAGAGGUUCCUAAAAGAAAACUGGAAAAGCACAACUGUCCCCCAAAAUACCGUCUUUAAAAUCUCAUGCUGGAUGUCAUUGUGUGUACAAUGCAGCAGUCAUUAUCAAAGCUUGUUUUUUACCAAUGAAUAUGACCUACUGUGGCGCGACUAACUCAUCCAUUUUCUGUUGGACCUUAUAAGAGUCCCUAUAUGCUUUUUACUUUUUAAACUUGUUGAAUUUCAAAGUUGAUUUAAAUAAAUGUGUACUGAAGCAUCUGUUCAUGGCUGCAAGGAUUUUUAUUUUAGAUUUUGUUAGAGCUCUGUACAUUCCUGGCAGUGAAAUGUGUUUCUUUGUUUCGAGAUGGGAGAAUCUUAAUAAUGCAGGUAUUCUACCUCCUUGAAAUGUACAAUUUAUAGCGAUAAAAUUGGUACUUGAAUAUAUUUUUCAAGCAGUAUGUAAAGAAAAUCUAUAACUGUAGAUGAGUAUUUUUGCUUUUCAUUUUCAUACAGUAAGAAUAGUACAAUGUCUACUGUACUACAUGUGUAUAUUUUACAGGGAACAGAGGUUGCUGAAGGAAGUAACACAAUUAAAAAAUAUACUUUUCAAGA